AUCCCUCCUUUUCCUCUUCCUCUCUUCCUUCUCUCCUUGCUUUCUCUGUGUUUUUUUCUUCUUCUUCCUUCAAACUUCCCACACCAUUGCAUGGCCUUUCCUCUUCAUUUCAUUUGAUAUACUCCGAAAUGAUUGACGCUGUGGAGAGUUCUAUCAAUGGCGGCGGUUUCUCGCACUUGCAGAGCUGCGGGGAUAGUAGCGAGGAGGAGCUCUCCGUCCUUCCUCGCCAUACCAAAGUCGUCGUUACUGGAAAUAAUCGAACCAAAUCCGUCCUCGUUGGACUGCAAGGCGUUGUCAAGAAAGCCGUGGGCCUUGGCGGCUGGCAUUGGCUGGUUCUAACGAAUGGCAUAGAGGUGAAACUACAGCGGAAUGCGCUUAGUGUGAUCGAGGCUCCUACCAGUAACGAGGAAGAUGACGAUCUCGAAUUUGAGAAUUUGCAGUGGAAUGGAAUUGAUAUGGCAUCCGAUGACGCCCAAAAACCCCACAAAUCAAGGCAUAGAUUACACAAAUCAUCUGGGUCAUCAUCUCACAAGACUAUGAGCAGAUCCCUUUCCUGUGACUCUCAGUCGAAGAGUUCUGUUUCUGCACCUCAAGGAUCCACGAAGGUUGACCUUAGUAAGUUGGAGAUGGCUGCACUGUGGAGAUACUGGCAACACUUCAAUCUGGUAGACGCUAUUCCGAACCCGUCGAAAGAGCAACUGAUAGACCUUGUUCAGAGGCAUUUCAUGUCACAGCAACUGGAUGAGUUGCAGGUGAUAAGGGGUUUUGUGAAGGCUGCAAAGAGGCUGAAGACAGUGCAAAUAAGAGGAGGAGAGAAGCUGGGGAAUCCAUUGAGUUGAUCGUCAUGUCAUGCUAACAGAUAAUUCAGCUGACUCAAAAGCGUUUCGAUUGUCUCUGUAACAUUGUAUGUAUCGAUCGGGUGCUAAUGGUUUUUGUGUUACGGGUCGGGGUUGGUACGAUUCUGUGGUAGUAGUUAAUAGAGUAAUAUCUUGUUUUAGUGAGGAUGUUACUUGUAAUGUAAUGUAAUGUAUAUAUGUGUAAAGUGCAAAUAUUAGAGACCUUAUGACAAAAAUGCCCCAUAAGACUUACUUUCUAAGCUUUUGUUUAAUGUAAUAUGCUGGCUGAGUUUUGGGGUUUCCA